UUUAAAUUCGCCAUGUUAGAACAUGUUUAUUUCUCAAAAGAGUGCCGUUAUCGCAACGGCGGCUUCCAUUAUGAAUUGCAUCCUCUCGCAGGGUGUCCUGGCGCAACUUAACACCUGCUGUGGUUCAGUCACAUGCACCAUGGACUCCACGGUGGCGCGUGCGCGUCAAGAAGGAAGCUUCAACAUCCUCGCUUCAUGUGUGAGGUGGCCCUGAUAUAUAGACCUGAACCGAAUACGACAUGCCACUUUCCCAAUCCGGUAUCGCCAAGCGUGAUACCUCACACACUUCAGCAUCCUCGCUUCAACAUCCCCACGAUCCCAACCAUGGGCUCCAACAUGCUUUCAAGCCAUAGCAGCGAGCAACCUCGAAACCCAUACUCGAGUUUUCCCAGCAAGAGCUUGCGGACUGGAUACGGAGAUAUCGUCAACCUGAUGGCACCAUUGUCGACGGUGGCUCGGACUGGCACCUGCUAUCUCCCGAGGACCUCAGUAUUCUCGGCGAUCGCCUCCGCAAGGCAGUACAAAACAUGCAACUCGAACCGGCUCCGGUCGAUGCCGGCCAGCUUGGUGCAUUGUUGGAGAGCCUAGCUGCGGACGAGACUGACGAGACUGACGAGACCCGACGUCGUCGUCGUGCCCGGUCAGAGUCAGAACUGUCCACUAUACCGGAACUUACCCCGGCCGAGGUAUUGAAGGCAGGACUGGAUAGCCUUCAGAGCCUUGUUCAGGACGGCGGUCGCCCCGCGUUUCCAGCCGACCUUGCCGAGCAAGUCUACCAUGAUCCAUCCAAGUUUCUAGACAUGGUGCGGCCGUGGAUUGCACAUCCUGACUGGGUAGACCUCCCGUACGAAGCAGACAUCUACGGGGCUCAGCUGUGUAGGUGGAAAGAAUUUCGGGAGUGGCAGCGGAACAUACGGGGAUUGCCAGCCGCCGAGAACUCCGACACUAUCCCAGAAGGGCCGAAGAAGGACUUCUCCAAAUAUGCAGCCAGGGUUGAGCGCCACCUGAAGCAGCGCGGUUUCAUCCAACCAUUCUCUCUGGACCAGGACUUGCGGCAAGGAAUGUGGGAGACGUGGCUCGAAUCGCAACGUGACGAGAUUUGGAAGCAGCUCCAGGACAUGGGCUUAUUGGAGCCACCUACCACGCGGGAAUACAUUAUCAGCGACGACUGCGCUCGCGAACGGGGGGCCGUCAUGGAUCAAGCUUACAUUACCCUGAGAAACGCGCAACAGGCGGCGGACAGGGCACCGUCGGAAACAGCAAAUCGUGACCUGGAUAUCGCGCAGAAGAACCUAGAUGCCAUUCUUGAAGAGAUAGAGCCCGUCAGUCGACUCAGACGAACCACGUUCAAGAUUGGCGGCGUGGAGCGGAAGAUCCGCUGCCAUACCGCCCGAGUGGAGUGGAUUCGGGAGCAGCUGCUUCAGAUCGAGGCUGACGAACGCAAGCGGCCAGCCGAGACGGCGAGAUCGGCGGAAUCAACCAAGACAAGGGGUCGAGAAACUCUUGACGGCGACGGAGAAGCUAUGAAACAAGCUCCGGCCACACAACGCCGGCGUUAGGAGCCCGAGUCUCCGUUUCUGCGGUGGCUGCCGCCGAGACGACGAACCAUC